GGGAAUUAAACAGGAAGAUGCAGUAAAGGGAGUGGGAGCAGAUCUGGUUGCUGGGGUGAAGCAAGGUGCAAGCUAGAUGGCUACAUAAAGGGGUGCAAGUUUGGGAAAAGAGCAAGAGCAAGGUAGGGUACAGAGCAGGCUGAGUAGACAGAUUUAGGAAGCAGAUGAAAGAGAGACCUUGACAACAAAGAAAAACAGAGCUGACUGGAAACACAGUGAGGAGGGAACGCAGACAGAACACAGAGAUAAGAACAAGCAUUAGAGGAGAAACUUUGGACAAAUUAUGUAUUUUAAUACCAGUACAGAAAUACAGCCAGCAUUACAGAGACAUAGCUUAAUAUAGAAACAAGGCAAACACUGAGAGACAUAGACUACUGCAGAAACACAGCAAACGUACAGGAAAAAAAGCCAUCACACAAAGAUUGAUACAGAAAGUUAGUGAGUAUACUGUCGGUUGCCAUGUCUGCCUAUGAGGGCCUGUCUUCCCGUCUGAGGACGGCACUGUGUGUAUCAGGGGGCAGUAUGGAUCUGGAUGUACUUGGGCGAACUUUGGGACUUAACUCUGAGCAGCUGACAAGGUUGGUGGAGGAGGAAGAGGGGCGCAGCAUUAGGAUCAGGGAGCAGGAGGGCAAGCGAGUGGCUGUGUAUCAAAGUGAGCUGCGAGUGUGCUCUGAGCGUACAAGAAAAUGUGCUGGGGACUGCGGGAAACUGCACCUCUGCCGCUAUUUCAUCAUGGGGAGCUGUACCAGGUAAGCCAGGAAACCCUGUGCCAGAGUUAUUCCCUAAAAUGGAAAUUGUCAGGAAUUCAAGUAAUUAUUCCCAAAUCUGCUAUGUUGGCCUAAAAAUUCAAUUUGCAGCUCAGACAUUUCACACUUUAGUGAAUAAUUCUUUAUGUUAGCCAAUUAUGGUUAAUUUUCAUAUUUUUGUAGUUAAAGGACCACUAUAGUCACCCAGACCACUUCAGCUCAAUGAAGUAGUCUGGGUGCCAGGUCCCUCAGGUUUUAACCCUUCAGAUGUAAACGCUAUGUUUACAUUGCAGGGUUAAUUAAGCCUCUAGUGGCUGUCUUCCUGACAGCCGCUAUAGGCGACGCUGAUUGUGCAAAUCUCAUUCAGCGUGCAGAACGUCCAUAGGAAAGCAUUGUUUUUAAUGCCCGCACGGCUCUGGUCGCACAUGCGCAUUUCGCUCCACUCAGGAGCCGACGUCGGAGUGGGAGGAGAGGUCACCAGCACAGAGGGAGCCCAGCGCUGGAUAAAGGUAAGUAGCUGAAGGGUGCCCUGAGUGUGGGGGGGACCUAAGGGUUAUAUAGUGUCAGGAAAACUAGUUUGUUUUCCUGACACUAUAGUGAUCCUUUAAAGCCACUAUAGAGCAAGAAGCACUUAGAGCAAGGUUUAUUUAAAGUGGCACUGUCACCUUCUGGGGACUUUGCAUCCAGAGAUCCCUAUUCCCUUGCAGCCAUCACUGGUCACGGAUAGGGGAUUGACACUUCUUGACGACGGUAGCUACGCCCAGUGUCUAGAAGUGUCAAUGGUAGGGGAAAUACUGAGACAAAGUCCUUACUUUGUUUCAGUAUAUCUUUUGAAUUGAAUUGAAAUAUCAGUGAAAUUGCUGGGUAAUAAAAAAUAACUGCAAAAAAGGGUACCAAAAUACUACUAAUAGCCAGAAUGGAACCAGGAUCCUCUGUCCUCUUGGUAGAUAAGGCUAAUAUAAAUGGGAGUAUCUUGCAUCAGGUGAUCACUACAGUCUCCCCGUCACCACCCAAAAAACCUGUGCAGACAAUCACAUGAUGACCUUAUAUUAAAGGGACACUGUAGGCACCAAGACCACUUCAGCUCAUUGAAGUGGUCUGAGUGCUGUGUCCCAGAGAAACUGCAAUGUUUACAUUGCAGCUCUAAGUCUGACCUCAGUGACUGUCUACCAGACAGCCACUAGAGGGCUUCCGGAAUCCAAACAGACUUUUGGUCUGUAAUCUGACGCUGGACGUCCUUACACCCUGCAUGAGGACCUCCAGCAUCAGAUUUUUCCCUUAGGAAAGCAUUGAAUAAUGCUGUCCCAUGGGGAGGUCUAAUGCAAGCGCGGCUAUUGGUAUAAGGUCUCCCACGACGGCUGACGUUCAACUGUUAUCAGCCUUUCAAUACCAUCAAAUAUUUGGACGAAACUGAAACUACUAACAUAGAAGUGGAAUUUCCCCAUUAGCAAUACCAUAAGCUGGGCCUUGGCUGGAAUUGCCUAUGGGACCCUCUGUUUGGUCAUAUCUCUUGAAAAACGGAGUGGCACAAAACUGAGGAAGAGAGUUUGCAACCUAUGACUACCAUAACCACUAUAAUGGCAUGUGGCAUGUAAUAGUUCUGACAUAUUAUGCUUAGACUGUUCCUUUAAUUAGUAAUUUUAUCCUGGCCCUCAGUAUAGUUAGAUUCUUCAUUUCUAUGUGUUCUGUUUAUUUUUAUUUAUUUACUUUCUUAUUCAAAUUUAAGGCCAAAAUAGCUGAAUUGAUAAAAUUCUCCAAGUCAGCCAAACUUCCAGUUUGGUUAUUUUGGGCUAAAAUUUGAAAUUCACUUGGAAUUCACCAUUUCAGACAAGUCUUCAGUAAAUAAACCUGUUGGUAUAUAACUGGAUUGGAUUUUCAUUAAUUUCAGCUCUUAUACCCAAUUCUCAAAAUUCAUCUGUACAUUCAGAGCCACUAAAGUGCAUAAUAUAUAUGUUAAAAUUAGCUAAAUAUGUUAACUAAUUUGAGUAUAAUAUUUGCAUCAUUUCUUUCCAGUAUGCCUUUAUUUGUUUGUGAUUAUUUACUUGUAUGUAUUAAUAAUAAUUUGAAAAAAAAAAUGUUUCCAAUACUAAUUUUUUUAUAUGGUAUUACUUUGGAAUGUCCACUUCUUAUUUACUGUGUGUUUUUUUUAAAUUUUUUUAUUUAAAGUAGUGACAGAUUUAAUGCUUUGUUACCAUCGAAAUGGAAAGUAAAUAAAAAAAAAACCAAAAACUGCUUUUAGCUUUUGCUCGUUGACGAGACACUACAUUUAAUUUAAAGUUUUAAUCUUUAACAAAAGUAUUAAUUAAAAUAAAGAUGCAUUUUGCAGUGGUUUAUAAACAGUAUCCUUGUUUUGUCCUUUGGAUCUCAAUACAUUCACCGAUUCGUGACCCUACAUUGUGAAGCCUGUGGCUCUUUUUAUAACAUAUACUUUUUAUAAUCAGUAUAAAGAUGACAUUUUACGUUGACUGCAAGAUCACAGCCAAUAAGGGUUAAAAUGUCUGCAGACAUCAUCAGCAUUAAUUCCCUGUAUUGUCCCUGUUUGAUGAGUCACAUGUGCUAAUUUCACUGUCGCGUUUUACACAAAUCCCAUAUAAGGAACCUAGUUAGUUUAGUUUCAUGUCUAUCAAUUACCCGUAGCAAUGUGAUAAUGACAUUAUCAGUGCAGAAAGCGUAGAGGGCAGUGUGCCUACAUCCCUGAAACAUAAAGGCUCCAAAACAGGCAGAUAUGCAAAACCCAAAGCAUUUUUUUUUUUUUUUAAUCUUGGCUUCUCUUUAAGUAUCUCUUAAGUAUUUCUUUCCUGGGAAUAACUGUGUUGAUGUUGUCAUUGGUCACAGUAGCCUCAUUGGAAAUGCCGUUGUUCUCUGGUGUUCUUCAGGUCCCCAUGUAAAUUUAAUCACAGUGUUCAGACACCUCACAACUUUCAAGUUCUACGGCAGCAUCAGCUGGAAGCACUGGGCACGAAGGUAUUACAACAGCUUCUGUUACAGAAUGACCCAAGUCUGCUGCCUGAUGUAAGUAUGAGAUGUGGAUCGUAGGUAAUGUGAAGGUACUUUCAAUGAAAUUGUAAAGAGACAGUAUUGUUUCAUGAUUAGAAUGUGUACAGUGGAUCUGUCACCUUUUGGAAUCUAAUAAAGG